AUGAACUGCUUGAAGAAUCUUGUCUCCGGGCUACGCGGCCGGUGCAGCUCCGCUGUCCGCCCACCGCUGCGGCCGCCGACCACCCGGUGCUACAGCGCGUCAACACGGCAAUCCCAUGAGGUCUUGCAGUCUGGCCGAGGCCGACUCUUUCGCCGCAACCCUGUGGUCGUCUGUCGACCCCCGCCGUCGCACGCGCUAGUUUUCCCUCGGCACUACUCCAGCCGAAGAACGCCUUCUGACAUCCAGAUCCUCUUCCGGGUACUCGUCGCGGGGGGUGCCAUUGUCUACGGCGUGGUGGUCACCAUCCGCGACGGCACCUUCGAGAUCGUGCCCUACACCAACCGCAGCCACCUCAUCAUCUACACACCCGAGCAAGAGCGCGAGCUAGGCGAGUCGUACUUCGCCAAUCUGAAGAAGGAGCUGGGCAAGAAGAUCCUGCCCCCGUCGCACCCGGACAGCGUCCGCGUCCGCGGCCUCGCCAAGGAAAUCCUCCGCGCCGCUCACCGCGGUCUCGCAGACGCCUCCAACGCAGCGGCGAACCAGAGGAACAAGUCCCGGCAGCCGCAGACGAAGCAUCUCGACGGGAUUAACUGGGAGGUGCUCGUCGUCAAAGAUAACGCUGUCAAUGCAUUCUGUACUCCGGGAGGAAAGAUCGUAGUCUACACCGGCCUCCUCGACCGUUUCAAGACCGAUGCCGAGAUCGCCACAGUGCUUGGGCACGAGGUUGGGCACGUCAUUGCGAGGCACAGCAUAGAGAAGCUCACCAAGAACAUGUGGAUCACCAUCCUCAAUCUAGUCCUUCUGCUGCUUGUUUUCGACGCCCCAAAAGGGCAUACUAAUGACGAGCUGAUGAAGUUACUCCUCAGUUUGCCCUUCUCACGAAAGAUGGAGACAGAGGCGGAUCACAUUGGAAUCAUGUUACUCGCUGAUGCUGGUUUCGAUCCACGCAUAGCCCCUACAUUUUAUGAGAAGUUAGGAGAGAUCAGUGGAAAUUCAUUAGAAAAGGAAGAGUACAAAUCUACUCAUCCCUCGAGCAAGACAAGAUCGCGGCUUUUAUCGAAAGCCAAUGUCAUGGACAAGGCGGUGGCAGUAUAUGCAAAAGCUAAUUGUAAGAAGGAAACAGAAGGAUUUUUCAUUUUUUCUUCCGAAAAAGUUAGUUUCAGUUGA